GGCGGAUCCACAACCUGGAAGUUGUGCGUUACGAAUGAACGGUUUUCUCUUUAAAACUGUUACAUGUCGAAGUAAUGUCAAGGAUAGUUCUUGAGCCGCUGUGUUAGCUUUCAAAGAUAACCGGAGCAUUUCUUCCUAACUGUAAAAUCCAAACGUGCAGGUAAGGUUCAGGUUCAGGUGAGUGAUGCCUGUAGAAUCCAGCAGUGACUGUCCCCAUCUGGAGUGUGUUGGAGAAAUCACCAAGGAUGAACUGAUCCACAAGUCACAUGGCCAGUGUCAAGACUGCAAGGUUGGAGGACCAAAUCUGUGGGCGUGUCUGGAGAACACCUGUGCCUAUGUGGGCUGUGGAGAAUCUCAUGCUGACCAUAGCACUGUCCACUCACAGGAGACGCGGCACAACCUGACAGUGAACCUGACCACUCUGAGGGUGUGGUGUUAUGCCUGUGGGAAAGAGGUGUUUGUGGAGCGUAAACUGGGCCCUCACUGCCCUGUCCCCAGCACCAAGACCCUCGCUUCACCUCAGACCAACAACACACAGUUCCAGGAGUGUAGCAGGGCGCAGGGCAGUCCCACUUCUCUGAGACUGCCCCCUACUAAUGGCUGUGAAGACCUGGGCAUGGAGACUGAGGAGGAGGAGGAGCUACGCGCCAGAGGUCUGACGGGCCUGAAGAACAUCGGGAACACCUGCUAUAUGAAUGCAGCCCUGCAGGCCCUCUCCAACUGUCCUCCUCUAACCCAGUUCUUUGUGGAGUGUGGAGGUUUGGUGAGGACAGACAAGAAGCCUGCUCUGAGUAAGAGCUACCAGAAACUGGUGUCAGACCUCUGGCACAAGAACAGGCCAUCCUAUGUGAUCCCUACCAAUCUGUUCCAGGGGAUCAAGGCUGUUAACCCCAUGUUCAGAGGAUACUCCCAACAGGACUCUCAGGAGUUCCUGCGCUGUCUGAUGGACCAGCUCCACGAGGAGCUGAAGGAGCCACUGGCCGAGCCCCCCGACAACGACCAACACUCGCACGCCAUCGCCAUGGACGACUGCCCCGAGGACGACAGCCGCAGCCAAUCCGACGGAGACUUCCAGUCGUGCGAGUCUUGCGGCAGCAGCGAGCGGGCGGACAACAAAGGCGGGAGCGGGGAUGGUCGGUCGGCGGCGGCGCCGUCGGGGGAGGUGUCUAACGAGGCAGAGAUGCUGAUCCCUGAUGUACCUGACUCCUCCCACUCCUCGCGUCAGACCAAUAGGGAGUGGCAGAAGGAGAAGAACCUGAUCAACAACCUCUAUCGGGGGUCAGGGGGCGCAGGGUUGUCAGGGGGAGACCUGUAUAAAGACGUGGAUACCACUUCCGAGGCCGUGCCCACCAUCAGUAACCAGGGAGCCAUCAAGGUCCAGAUACAGGGAAGCAUGGCUGACUCAUUCCCCGAGGUGGUCUCCAGCAGCACCCGACCCCAGACCCCAGUCCCCAUGGAAGGACACUCCUUCACCAAGAUGUCCUCCAGUCCACCCAGGAACAACUGUGUCUGGCCAGGAAUCUCCUCCAACCAUCUGAAAAUGACCUCGUUUUCCUCACCGAAGAGCAAGCGUCAGAAGAAGUUCCGUAGUGUGAUAUCAGACGUGUUUGACGGGACCAUUGUCAGCUCAGUGCAGUGUCUGACCUGCGAUAGGGUGUCAGUGACCCUUGAGAACUUCCAGGACCUGUCCCUGCCCAUCCCAGGUAAGGAGGACCUGGCUAAACUCCACUCCUCCUCCCAUCAGACGUCUCUGGUCAAGGCUGGCUCCUGUGGUGAGGCCUACGCUGCUCAGGGAUGGGUCGCCUUCGUCAUGGAAUACAUCAAGAGCUGGUUCUGGGGUCCUGUGGUGACCCUACAGGACUGUCUGGCUGCCUUCUUUGCCCGGGACGAGCUGAAAGGAGACAACAUGUACAGCUGUGAGAAAUGCAAGAAAUUACGGAACGGAGUGAAAUUCUGUAAAGUUCAGAGUGUUCCUGAGAUCCUGUGCAUCCACCUGAAGCGGUUUAGACACGAGCUGAUGUUCUCCAUUAAGAUCGGGACUCACGUCUCCUUCCCAUUGGAGGGCCUGGACCUGCAGCCCUUCCUGGCCAAGGAUAGCUCCGCCCACACCACCUCCUACGACCUGCUGUCCGUCAUCUGUCACCAUGGCACCGCCAGCAGUGGUCACUACAUAGCCUACUGCAGGAAUGACCUGAACAACCUCUGGUAUGAGUUUGACGACCAGAGCGUCACGGAGGUGUCAGAGUCCUGCGUCCAGAACGCUGAGGCCUACGUCCUGUUCUACAAGAAGAGCAACGAGGAGGCGCUGAAGGAGAGGAGGAGGGUGACCGGUCUACUGAACAUGACAGAGCCCAGUCUGCUACAGUUCUACGUCUCCAGACAGUGGCUCAACAAGUUCAAGACCUUCGCUGAGCCUGGACCCAUCUCCAACGACAACUUCCUCUGUUCACACGGAGGUGUGCCGCCUGCCAAAGCAGCGUUCAUUGAUGAUCUGGUCGUGAUGCUGCCUCAGAACGUGUGGGACCACCUCUACAGCAGGUAUGGAGGCGGGCCUGCUGUCAACCACCUGUAUGUGUGUCACACGUGCCAGACGGAGAUUGAGAAGUUGGAGAAGAGACGCAAGACUGAGUUGGACAUGUUUGUCCGGCUGAACAAGGCGUUUCAGGAGGAAGAAUCUCCAGUGGUCAUCUACUGCAUCAGCAUGCAGUGGUUCAGAGAGUGGGAGAGCUUCGUCAAGGGAAAGGACAAUGAUCCACCAGGACCGAUCGAUAACUCUAAGAUCGCAAUCAACAAGAACGGCCAUCUAACACUCAAACAAGGGGCUGACUCUGGGCAGAUCUCUGAGGAGACCUGGAACUUUCUCCACUCCAUGCACGGAGGGAGGUCCGGUGACACGGUCCGACAUGUCGUCUCUCACCCCUGA